AUGGGUGGUGAACGUUUCUUCAACAUCAAGUGCCGAUCUUCUGGUCUGGUGCCCGAUGUUGUUGUCAUUGUUGCUACUGUUCGUGCUCUUAAACUCCACGGAGGUGGUCCUGAUGUCACUCCUGGCGUGUCUCUUCCUGAUGUGUACCUUCAGGAGGACACCGAACUCCUUCGUAAGGGCUGUGCCAACCUUGCUAAGCACAUUGAGAAUGCCAAGUCAUACGGCCUUCCUGUUGUUGUUGCUAUCAACAAGUUUGUUUCCGAUACUGAUGCUGAACAUGCUGUUAUCCGUGAGGAGGCCAUCAAGGCAGGUGCUGAGGAUGCUAUUGUCAGUAACCACUGGGCCGAGGGUGGUAGUGGUGCUGUCAAGCUUGCUGAAGGUGUUAUCAAGGCUUCGCAAUCGAGCCGUGACUUCAAGUUGCUUUACAGUGCUGAAGAUAACUCGGUUGAGGACAAGCUUAACAUCAUUGCUCGUCAAAUGUAUGGAGCUGAGAAGAUCGAGCUCAGCGAGUUGGCCAAGUCUAAGGUCGAGACUUACACUAGACAAGGAUUUGGCAACUUGCCAAUCUGUGUUGCCAAGACUCAAUACUCGUUGUCCCAUGACCCUGCUUUGAAGGGACGUCCUUCGGGAUUCACCGUGCCCAUUCGUGAUGUCAGAGCUUCCGUUGGUGCUGGUUACCUUUAUGCUUUGGCUGCCGAGAUUAUGACCAUUCCUGGUUUGCCAACGCACAGUGGCUUUAUGGACGUCGAAGUUAAUGAAGACGGUGAAAUUGAUGGCCUCUUCUAA